GGUUUGUAUUAGAAAGAGAAAGGAAGUAAAAGGGGGGAAAGAGUGGAGGAUCCUGAGCAAGAGAGAGCGUAGAGGGCAUAUGGUCGGAAAGACGAAAAAGGACAGGAAGGCAAGAGAUAGGGUGAGAAAAGAAGGAUGGAAAGUGAAGAGGGAAUGAGGGAAAAGAGUAUGACAAAGAGAGAGGGAGGGAAAGAUGAAGAGGGGCCUAUUGGGUUAGCGUGAGAGGGAGGAAUACAGAAAGUGAAAGGUAAAGCGGAGAGAGAAAGAGAGAAAGUGCUUGCCAACAGGCUGCGAGGAAGGCGAGCGAGCACUGAGCGGCUCCAUCAGUGAUAUGAAGGAAGAAGAGGAAGAAGGACGGAGAAGAUGAUUACCAUCCUGAUUGGAUGUACAAAAAGCAUUCAAUGGAUUUAAUUGGCAGCACAACAAAAACAUGAUGCAAAAUCCACUUUGGAGGAUUCCCAACUCUUUGUGCUCCAGCCCAGUUACAUCAGGGUGACUUGCCUGAAUAAAAAAGGCAUACUUCCUGCAAGUAUGAUUAGCAAAACACUGGUAGCAUCCUUAUGACGACAAUGCGAGGAAUUCCAUAAAGAACAUGUUCUCCAGGAAUCGCUCUGGUGGGCAACAUGGAGCCAGUGUGCCCCCAAAGGGAGGCAUCAAGACCAAGAAACGAGCACCCAACCCCAAAGUAGCUUUAGUCAUACGGGGGAAAAUUCAUCGGCUGCUGCAAGGUUCCGUGGACCACCAUGUUCCUGAUUCUGACCAUUAUUACGAGGAGGAAGUCGAACAGGAAAAGCGUGGGAAGGAUCACAGACGAAUCUACCCAAAGACGGGAUCUAGGGAUGAAGCGUGCUCUUCUGCUGUGGUGUCAAAUGGUAAAGGACACGCCGGACCACCGGAAACACUAUGUGUCGGAGAAGUGGCAUUGACUCGGGAAGGGUGUUUACGAAUACCCUGCACUCUGCAGCGCAAAAGUGGAAAAUCCCCCGCCAAUCGGAAGCGUAUCUCAUUUGAAGGUUUGCUCCCUUUGUCUCCGGAGCUGCCGCCCACAUCGACCCCGCUCUCUGCACCGGCCAAAACAGACCGAAAUGGGAUCUUGGUUACUUCCCCUCGUCCUCGACCUAAGAGACCCUACUCUGCCGGGGAUACCCUGGACUAUGACUUCACCAGCCCCCUCCCAGGGCCACCGGAGCCAGAGGAAGAGAAAGGGCGUCUAGGUGAGGAGGAAUCCAGUGCCAUCAUCGAUCACAUUCUCAAAGAGCUGCGGGGCAUCAACAAGAUCCAGGAGGAGAUCUCAGACCUCAGGGAUUACCUCACUUCAGUAAAAGGCUCCGUGGAGGAAGUGUCGUCCUGCGUGGAUGCUGUGUUGGUGGAAAUCGAAGGCAUUCGAUCCAGUGGAAAGGGGGAUCAAGACCAGGGUGCACGGGCCGGCACCUGGUCGGGGGCGGUUCGCGCGGACAACAGCGGCGCUCGCAGAAGGCCUGCUAGUGCCUAUGGGAGUUUAGGGAGUGCCAAGUCAAACCGUUUCCCUGACAUUCACAAAGGGGAAUCGCGACGACCGAGGGCAGAGGACUACUCGGUAUCUCCAAUUGCAGAAUCGGCCAGUCAUCUGGACCCGGAAGAACUUGAAGACACAUCAGACAUCAGCUCUGACAUUCCAGAAGGUGCACUUGCCAGAAAGCUGAGCUUUGGCCAAGACUGCCUGAGCUCUAGUUCCAUGUCUUCUCAAAGUUCCAAGUCUGAGUCAGAUUUGGAGAGACCUACCGAUCAAGUAAACGAGCAAUGGAGGACCACUAAACCGCCACAUGGGGGAGCUAGUGAGCAUCUAUGGGAUGGAGAUUCUUACCUGGGGGAUCCUAAAGCAGGUGCUUAUUAUGAUGGAGCAUUCAGUUACAAUCACUACACCACCAGGAUCUCCAAGGAUCAUGGCUUAUUUGGAUCUAGGCAGCAUAACUCCAAUCCACAUACGAGGACAUCCUCACGCCGGGAGGAUUGGCAAACACGGAGGUCAAAAUCCCAGCCAGGAUUUCAGUCAAAUGUCAGAAACUAUGCUGCAGAUUCUUGCUCUUACCUUAAGCAUUCUGGUCAUCAUUCUUUUGAUGAAAAUUAUGGCUACUCCAAUGGGAUUCACUACAACCAGUCAAGCAAUCAGUUUGGCAGUUAUGAGGAAUGUUAUUUGCCAUAUGAUAAUGCAUCAGGGACAUGGGCUUCGCAGGAGAAACCCUUUGUACCGGAGACUGUAAACAGAGUCCAUCAUCCUAGCCGUGAAGAUCUUCAAACAGGAUUCAAUGUCAAGCGUAUAGGUCGAGCCGUUUCUGACUUCAGUUCCGCUUUGCGCGGUGCACUUUGUAAACUUGAGGUCCCUCCAGACCAAGAUCUGGAAGAUGCAACAGAUUUUGACGUAACGGUGCCUUCUGACAUGCCUCCAAAAUCUUUCAGCUGGGAUGUUGUGAGCCAAAAUAUUCCCUUUGAAGAGGAUGGCGAAGAGUGUGCUGCCACCAGCCAGGAACUUGUAACCUACCCCAAAUCCAUGUCUGCCAGCGUACCAGACCACGCAAACAUUCUUGAGAAGUGGCCUUCGGAUCGAAACAUCAACAAUCAGCUGUCUCAAGGCACCACAACUGAAUCCUUGUCAGUUGCAGAACCGGGGAAACAAGAAGAACACAUUGAAGGCAAAACAGCUGUGCAAGCUGGGAAUAAAACCCUUGAGAUAAACCAAAUGGAUGAACGCAAGCUGAAAUGUGUUAGGACUUUCCAGCAGAUUCUGCGGGAGAAGCGGGAGAUGAGGCGCAAUCUGGCCAGUGUGUCCACUUCCUCUCGAGAGGGCUUUGAAGCAGGUGGAAGUCAAGAUGGAGAUCAGGUUUCUGACUGUGUGGUUUCUCUGCCUCCCGACAUUACUAACAUUGCAUCCCCCCAAGACCUUGUUCAUGUGUAAUUUGAUGGAAUGUUUCUUUGGUGUACAGUUGCAUUCACUUUGCUACUUCCUUGCCAUACUGAUGACAAAUAACAUCAGCUUUAGUGUUUGUUAUGACCCAAGCAUGGUGUAAGAAGGAUUUAGGAUACUGAAAGUUUACUGUUUUGGUUUGAAGCGGGCAUUUUUUUGGAACAUUUGUCCAUUUUUAACGAUCGCUCAAAGUUAACCACCCUAAUUUUUGUUCAAUUUAAGUAAAUAGGGCUGUGAAAGUAACUUCCAAAUGUUUAGAGCACAAAACCUAUUGGAGCAACAUUAUCAUUAGCAUGCAGUGCUGAAAGUCAACCGAGUUGCCUCUGUCCCAACCCGCUUCCAUCUGCAUGCUCGUGUGGCAUCCAUACACCUGUGAAAAGACAUUGCACAUACUUUAAUAUCUACAGUAUGACAUUUGACUAUGUG